GUUACUAUUUUAAAGUAACUUACCCAACACUGGUUAUAACUGACCUCAGGUCAGCAGGCAGCUUGUUCCAAAGAAGCAACCUCAGCACACUUAUAUCUAAUUCUGGGAAUAGUUCAAAGAUCUGCACGUGAUGACUUUUUUGAACUUAUCCUUGGCUGUUUGAUUGUUUAGGUCUGCUUGCUUUGUUAGAUUGUUAAAAAUGUGGUUUGGCGUCAAAUAUGACAACUUAACCAUGACUAUGCUUUUGCAGUCAGGUCCCCUUGGUUUACAAAUGACCGGCUAGAAGAGAUCAGGCCCACAGACUUACUUCUUAGAACUCAGUUUUCCCGACUUUGUUUUAAGUGGUUCUGCUACAUGUGAUUUCUUUUAUCUUUUGGUUUUAGUUUUCAUGCUAAUUGCCUGCCUCUAGUCUUUCAUUUAUUUAAUUAUGUCUUUUAUUCUCUUUGUUGUGUACACAUGUACACAAAAGGUCCUCUGAAGGUCCUUUUGUCUAGGCUUCCUGUUUAAAUCUACCCUUUGAGUAUGCUGCUUUUUCACUUCUGUCAAAGCAUUUUUUUAAGCUCUGUUUUUUUAAAGAUGCAAGUAUAUAAAGAAAGUUUCUUCUUUUCUUCUUCUUCUUCUUAUUAGUAUUAUCAUCAUUAUUAUAGUAAGCCCUGUCUCACUGUUGCAUAAUACAUCAGGGACUGAUGCCAAAGGACACUCUGAGAGCGCAGAGCUGAUAUGCCAGUGGUUUUGACAUACAAUAACAAUUUUUUCCAUUACACAAACUCAUGACAUAACAUAAAUUAUAAUAUUACUAGUGAUUACUAAACGCUGUGUAUUAUUAUCUCAUUACUUACAAAAACUGAGAAAACUGAGUACACUAAGGUUCACUUUCGACCACUUCGCGGGCACUCACUGAGAAUAAGAAAAGUGCAAUUCUAUAGCUCCCCUAGGGAGAAAAUUACCACGCCGAGGUACAAUGGCGUCCUGUUGAGGACACGGUUUACAUUGUUGAAGGGGUUAACAAUGCUGUGGGCCAGUCCAGGCAGAAGUGUUUGAAAUCCACACUGAAUCACUCUUAGCUUUUACACCAAAAAAAGGCUCUCUCAGCUUUUUUCUCAAAUUUAGUUGCCUUUUCCGUCAAUAUUUCAUCGUUGCCUGAGAUUUCUGAUGAAUAUUUAUCUUGCUUUUGUCCCACAGCUUGUUAUGAUUUUAGUUUGUGCUUGCAUUUUUUUUAAAUAGUUGACGUUUUUGAUCAGUGCUGUGAGUUAAUUAGCCGUGAGAUGUUUUGAAGCAGUUUUUUUUUUUAAACAGGAAAUGGAAAAUAAAGAAGUUUAAUGUCCCUACAGGCCUUUAUCAUAACCCUGUCUUAAUGAAGCUGAAGCUUUCUUUUUUCUGCUAACACAUCAAAUCCAGGCCUCACUGCUGAGGCCACAACAUGGUUGCCAAAAUAGAUGGAACAAACAAGGUCAAAGGGGCGAUAAACAAACUUUUCCUUUUCAAAGCUUUUCUAACGUGUAAGUUAAAUUAACUGUAAGGGUUAAUUUGUCUUCUGUCAAAGGGGUAUUAUACUUUUGGUUCCUGGCAUUAAGUUUUAAAAUUUUAAAGUCAAGUAAAACUAAGUAUGUGUCUCUGUACAGGACCCUGUAUGAGACAGCUAGUCUCUGACAGGUAAUCACUUAAAAACAAUUGUUUUCCCAACUGGUGUUCCUGGGCCCUGAGGCAGGAAGCUAGUCCUGUUUCUUUGUUUCUCAGUGAGGCAAAGAAGCAGAAAGUCUCGAGUGACCUGAUCAAACCUUUCAUCCUGUCAGAAAUGGUCAACUCUCAGAUUAAGUGAUGUCAGAUGUUAUCCUUGGAUGUUAAACCUUACCAAAGUCGUCUAUUGACAACAGUAAGACCAACUAUAGUUGAAUGACCUUGUGUUUCUGCGGGUUGUAGUUGUAAAAAGUACAUGUUUUGAAAGUUUCUAGUGCCAUGGGAGGUCACGAAGAAACAUACAGGGAUCAGUGCACAAGUUUUGUUUCAACAAAGCAUCGGUGAAGGUUGGUUUUAUCUGAAAAUCGGCUCUGCUCCACGUUUCAUUUGCAGUGUGUUUUUUCUUGUCCACCUGUGCCAGCUGUGUUUGUUAAACUGCAUCCAUUAGGCGUGUCUUCAGAAUCUGAUAGCAUCACUUUUAAUGUAGCUUAAGCACAUUUGUUAACUGUUUAUUCUUGUACUGUACAGCACUAACCACUAAGCAGGGAUUCUGACAUGAGUGCAUCAAGUUACCACACAUAUAUCUUCUAAAGCAUUAGAUGGUAAAGCAAUUUUCUUAAACAUUUUGAAAAUUUUAAAUUAUAGCUGAAACAAAAACGAUACGUUUGUGAUAGGGAGUAAAACAACACAUUGAAGGAACUGCUUUGCCAGGUUGGCUUUGUCUUUUACUAAACUACUGACUCGGGAAUAUAUUAAAAAAAUGUAUUGAAGCAUCAACAUAAUUAAUUUUAUACGUACUCACCGAUUAAUCUGGCUAAUUCUGAAACAGCAUGCGACGUUUAGACAUUCUUAUUGCAGCAUCAUCAGCUUAGCUUCUAUAUUUUUACUGGUAGCUUAGCUUUUGCAAGCUCAUUUUAAUUAAACUCGAAGAUUGUUGUACUUAUUUUACACAGCUACACCACUUGUGCUGUACGGCUUUCCAUAAAUGUUUUAACUGGGAUUAUAUAACUAAAAAAAGUAAAUGUUUGCUUGUUUAAAUUAUGGUGAUAUUGUGACUGUGGGGAAAAAUAGUGGUUUACUCCAAAGCUAUACAAAAUGAUGGGUUUUAAAAGAGCACUGUCAACUCACAAUGUGGCGGUGUAUGUGGGGGUAAUAUGUGGUGUUUCAGUGUCAGCACAGCUGUGUUGCACCACUGAUAUACUGCCACUGAUGUGGCGAGAAAGAGAGAGGAGGAACUUUUUUAGUUCUCUUUCUUUUUCAGUUACAGCAGACUAAUGAAAUACAUUAACUAACUGAGCAGUAGUUUAAGACAACACUCCAAAAAUGUGAUACUCGGGUCUUGCAGGGGGUCAGUUGAGACCUAGAAUAAUUCACUACCAAUAUUGUGGUAGGGAUGGCAGACAGUUCACGUUCCAACCCCAGAACUAGGGAUUUAUAGUCGACUCCUGUUUCGAUACUUUCUAUUCUGAGGCUUGUGAUGAGUUGAGUUUUUAAUUAUUUCAUAUUUCAUGUUGAGGAAAAUUUCAUGUAGGUUGUGUGUUGUGUGUUGCACAAUAGUGCUUGCUGAGGCUAGUCGUUUUUAUGUGACUUUACCAAAUGAUUGUGGGUUAUUUUGUAACCUAUAGGUGUCUAUUUUUUUUUUUUUUUACUUAACAGCCCUUUUUUGUGGUAUUCUUGAAAUUAAAAAACACACCCAACAGGCUGAAUGCAUUGCAGGGUACUGGAAACAGCAAUAUGAUGUAUUGCUGUUUUGCCAGCCUGCCAAAGAUCUUAUUGGAUUUCUUUUUUUUCUUGUUUGAAUCUCACUCACACACACAUGCAAACUACAUGGACAACACAGACACACAAACAAUAUGAUAAACUUGCUUAGAAGCGUGAAUCAUUAAUCUAUGAGAAAGGCAGCGGCGCACCUGAUAAUGUCAUCUUAGCAGCAAAUGCACGGACAGUGAAAUUGAUAUUUGGACUCUUGGCCAAGGAUUUGCAAAUGUGCUGCUGGUGAGAUAGCAGGUGCUUUCACCUUUGCUGGGUUAUUUAUGUCGACUUGUUGUUAUUAUCAGUAGAUCAUGUCUAAAGCUCUUAUGUUUCUGCAUCCAUCUUCACGACUUACGUGUGAGGCAGCCAGGACUUUUAUUUGAGGUCAGAGUGAUUUUCUAAAAAAAGGGCCAUAUUGUCAACAUCAUGUCCACAAUGACUCAUUACAGGGUUUGUGGCAGUUAAAAAAUAAAUAAUGCUCAGUAUUGCCUGGGCCUGCAAAUAGGGAUGGAGACUGAAGCAGUGGACUGAAUAAAGAUGAUGAAAACAAAGAGCAGAUUUAGUGUCUGGUACAGUAAGCUUUUGUUCUGCAGAAUACAGAGGAAGCUUUCUAUCAGGCCUUGUUUGGACUGCAGGCCUGAGGUGUGCGCUGGUUGAUGAUGUACAUUAUGUAGAAUGAGUCAUUCACUGUCUAGAUGACUUGAGCAGGUUGAGAAGUCAGAGCUGGAGCAGCAGGAGUCAGAGCAGAAACAGGGCAGGGGAGAUGCCCGAGCUGGGAUGGGGACCUGCUGUUGCAGUUGUCUGCCCAUCAGGCACGAGACUGACGGGGCUGAUCAUGAAACAAAGGUGGUUGCAGAGCUGGAGCUCUCCAAUUUGGAGGAGAAGGAGAGGCAGGCUGAGGCAAGGUAAUACUUUUUUUAGCCUUGAAUUGUAUCUCUGUGCCUGAUUAGUGUUUUCAUGUCACUACAUUACUAUGAUUGUGGUAAAGCAUGCCAUCUUUGACUUUAACUAGCAUGCAGGAAGAUGUGACAGAAAUUGAAACAUGCAGCAUUUUUGUCAGCUAUCAUUUACAACUCUUUUCAACUUAUUAAAGAAAGAGGCUCUGGACCGUAGUAAUUUCAGCUGCCUCUCUGGAGGAAAAGCAGUUUGUAUACCUCUCUCUGAUUAAAUUCAGAUGACAGUUCUUUCUGCCGCAUUCUGUCAGAGCCCGAGUGUGACUGGAGCCACUGCAGAGAGAAGCAGGUCCCACUGUGUCCUCAUCUCACCAGAUGGGUGACAGGAGAAGUGAUUAGUUAGCACAAAGGAAAUGAUGGAUGUUCCGUAACAUGGGAAAAGAAACGAAAGAAAACUUACAUUUUGUUUGUGCAAUACUUUGUAUUUUACCCAGAGUUUGCUUUAAAGUGAUAAGCAGUAUAAAGAGUAAAUGUGAGCAAGUGCUCCUGUGUUGCCAUGAAUACAGGAAAGCCACUGGUUUUCAGUGAUUAUGUGUCCUGUAAAGUAAAGGUUUAUGAGCUGAGUAAAACAUCUUUUAAUUUUCUAACUAACUACAUUUAUAACAUACUCUGAAUCUGCAACAUAGCAUGUGCUAAAACUGCCACAAACAAGCCACAAGGGCAGUUUAUUUGAAUUGAACUGGACUGCUAGGCUUUCUUUGUAAUGUUUGCAUGGUCUACAUGUGACUCUGUGGGUUUCCUCCUGCAGUCUAAAGCUCUUAAUGUUAGGCUAACUUGUAAGUCUAAACUAAGUGUGAAUAUGAAUGGUCUGUCUCUCUGUGUUAUCCCUGUGAUGGAUUGGUGACCUGUCAAGGCUGUACUCCACCUCUUUUGGGUUGUCAGCUGUGAUAUGCUCCACUGCACCUCCACCCCUUAUCCAACCCACCUGAACUGGAUUAGCAGUUAAAAGGAUGAAUGAAUAUACUUAUUGUUAUUAAUUAUUGUAUUAUAAAUAUUACCAGUGGCUUAUAAUUUAACAUAAAAGAGCUUUAGCUCUUGCUUAAAUUAAUACAGCCACACAGAGUAUUCUUUAUUAGGUGUUUUAGCCGUUUUGCUUUUUAAAAAACAAAACAAAAAAACAAGCAAACACACAAAGCUGCAGGUUAUGACAAACCUGCCUGGUAUGAAAAGACAAACAGGAAAAAGUUUGUGACCAGUGGGCAAAGUGGAGCUGUCAAUCGAGUGAAUAUGAGAAACACUGCCAAUGAGCGCUUUUGUUUCUCAGUUUCUGCUUAGUAUUUAACAAAGCUGUGUGCUAAAAAGUGGUGAAUGUGAAGGUCAUAUAUGUCAAACAUUGGCAGCUUGUUGUGCUAACCCAAGUGGAGAGAAACGUUAUUAUAAAAUUGCUUAUUAAUUGCUACAGUGCAUCCUACAAAGCACAUGAUCCUACAUCCUACAUGCUCUAUCUCUCUGCAGAUAAGUUUCUAGAAAUUUCUAAUCAUGCAGGGUGCUUUACUGCUGAUAUAUUCCAAAAGGCUGAAAAACCAAACACUUCAAUAAGCUUAUGUUAGCAGCAGAUUGAGUGUAUGAGCUGUGAGAAAAUGUUGCUUAUUGUGGAUUACUUGAUUGAAUAUUGCUGUUUCCAUUAAUGGAAUAUUGAGUGCGAAAAAAAAAAGAAAAGAAAUGAAAAGACUGGACCGACCACUGCUACUGAGAGCAGAUGUGAGGGUUUGAGCAAUUUCUCUCACUGCAGCAUUUAUCGAGCACAUUGACCACACAGCUGUGUGAUUUCUUGCAAACCGAUCCAAUUUAAUUUGCCUCAGUGCAAAGAUGCAUGGCUAAUUUUGUAUUCAUGAGCCUUUCCUCAGUGCUUCUUUUUUCUAUUCUAAAUCUUUGAUUGAUUAAUUAAAACCUGCUGUGAUCUGGCAUUACCUCUAAUCAUUCUGUUUAAGUUAUAUAGUGACAAAAAAGUGCUAAUUUUAAGCGAUGUAUUCAUGUUUUUAAAACUGCAGUCUCUGCGAUGCUGCACCGGCUCUCAACUGUCAUCGAAUCAAUGAGACCUGCUGAAGCACUAGCAGGAGAACCAUGGUGCUGUUCUGCAUGUAGCCACUAGAUACUGCUGUUGCGUCUUUGUACACUUCACCAAGACACUUAUUGACAGUUUGGUGGUUUAUCACACAUUUUUUUUUCCAUCUCUGCCAAUGACAAGGUCAGAUAACGGAGAUUACACAUAAAGUGUUGAAUCAGGUAUAUUUUUUUAUUGUGGUUUCAUCCUAUGACAGCAUCUAACUCAAGCUUGAGUUACAAGCUUGUUUUGUUUUUUAACGAGAUAUAAUAAUUCACCAUUCAUCUCACAGUGUGAUUACCCCUUUCGUGUAUUUGUUCUGUAAUGUAUAGCUAAAUGUCAGAACAUCCCGUCUCUCUGAGCUAUUUGAGAGUCUGUUAAUUCAAACCUUUUUUUCUUGUGUUGUGGGUUUCCUGUUUGCUAACCCGAUGGAUCAGAUACAGUAAAUUAAAAACCUUAAAUUGUUAUACGGUAGCCGGGAUGAAAGCAGUGUAUGGAUAUCGACAUGGUAUGGAUUGACCUACCCUCAGGUUUGACCACCUUCAUUCAGCCCUCUGGUCUUAUCUAUAUGUCUGUCUGUGGAUUAUUGAACCGGCACUGCAGCAGCCUGCACCAGCCACUCAGGUUUGCUCUCCAUCCAUUCCUCUCUCCCCCAGGCGAACUGGGAUGUGAUCUGAUAAAGAGGACUCUGGGUGAGAUGGAAGGCUCUGGUUGCAGUCAGAGACCAAGGUCAGCACUUUGCUGGACACCACAAAGAGGUGAUAACUAUUCAUCUGUGAUAAUCAAAAAGAGCGGCACCUUUAGAGUUUUGUUUUAGGCCAGGUCCAGCUCUUUUUCUCAUCACCAGCUUCUGCAUCGACACUAAGCAGCAAAGUGUUAUUUUAUUAUUCCCCAGUGAGCAUAAGUAGAGCUAUAUUCUGCAAGGGCCGCCAGUGUUACCGAUUGAUCAAGAGUAGAGAGAGAGAGAGGGCUGAAACAGCAGUUAUGCUCCUAUCUGACACCCCUCUUUUUCUACUUUCUAGCACACCCACUAGCAUACACUUUAGCAAGCUCAGUUUUCAUAUGUUAAGAGAGCAGAAAGGGACACUCCCUAUUGGUUGUCUUCAGAAUCAGGACUGAUGUGAGAUGUGGACAUCUGAGGCUUUUUAAGUGGACUCACUGCAUUACGUCUGAUCACUAAACUGCCACAACCUGAAGGCUACAUCAUUUCGGCAUCCUGUGACUGGACAGAUUUCCCCUGAAAACAUAGAUUACACACUACAAGACAGGAUAGAAUCCCGUAUGUCCAAGUCAGCGGCCAAUCAGAGAUCAGCCAACAUGGUCACAGAGUCCUCCAAGGCUGUGACCUCAGCAGCAGUCGAUGCUUCCUCAGGGUCAAAGGGCUCCAGAGGUACGGGGAAAGUACACAGUUUUGGCAAAAGGGAUCAUGCUAUUAAAAGAAACCUCAAUAUCCCAGUGGUGGUGAGAGGCUGGCUCUAUAAACAGGACAGCUCUGGAAUGCGACUAUGGAAACGGAAGUGGUUUGUUUUGUCCGACUACUGCUUGUUUUACUACAAAGACAGCCGAGAGGAAACAGUACUUGGCAGCAUCCCUCUGCCCAGUUAUGUCAUUUCGCCAGUUGAGCCUGAGGACCACAUAAACCGCAAAUAUGCUUUCAAGGCGAGCCAUACUGGAAUGCGCUCCUACAUUUACAAUAAGAACUCUGUGAUUGGCUCACAGGCAGAACACUGCGGGAUGCGGACAUAUUUCUUCAGUGCGGACACACAGGAGGACAUGAAUGGCUGGAUCCGGGCCAUGAACCAGGCUGCGCUGAUGCAGCAGAGUCACAUGAUAAAGAGAGAGGUGGAGAAGCCAGAGAAAGCUGCACAACAGGCAGUCCCACAGACCAACCAUGUCCACACUAACCAGAGCUCAUCUCAGCCAGAAAGUGCUCACAGGACAGACAGAGGGGAAGCUCAGAGCAAUGGUAUCAGACUGGCUCACGGAGACGAGGUGAGGUAUGGAUUAGAGAUCCAGGGGAAACUCAGUCAGACAGCCCCACAGGAGAGAGUAGAGAGACUGUCUCCAGACGCUGUUAAUGAUGCUGCCCAUAAGAAUGGACAAAAGACUGUAAUCCAAGUGGCUCUGCCACCAGAACAAAAUGGAAAUCUUGUCUAUCAGAGGGGUUUCGUUACACGGGCAGACACUGAGAAGCAUGUUCAGAGGAAGAACACGUUGGCUCAGGUGGAGCACUGGGUCAAAGUUCAAAAAGGAGACCCCCCGAAGAGUGCUCCCUCUGCUGAGUUCAACCUCCCUCGAUGGACUCCUCCCUUAAAGCCCAAAUCAAGUGCAGCAGAUGUCACCUAUCAGUCAUUGCCAAAGUCUCCCCGUCUACCCUGUGGCAGCAGCUCUCCUCCAGCAACAUGCAAUCUGCCCAGUGACUACAAGUACGCCCAUGACCGGCUCAGCCACUUCCGUAUGUCCACUGACGAGCGAAUGGCCACCAAGGAGGGAAUGGUGUGGCAGCUGUAUGAGUGGCAGCAACGGCAGCAGUUUCGUCACGGCAGCCCCACCGCUCCUAUUUACACCGGCCCCAACUUCACAGACUCCUCAUCUUUCAGAGUGACUGUAGAAAUGCCACGCUCCAUCUCUGUUCCUCCAUCACCAUGUGAAGUCCCACCAUCGUCCUUCAAGCCCCUGUCUCCACGCAGACCACACACUCCUUCAGACAGACGCACAGUAAGGCCCUUGGAUGAAUUGGCACCAGGGGACAGCACAAGAUCAAGCUCACCCGGGCAUUUUUGUGCCCAUCUUUCUCAGAAUUCCCAAAUAGAGAGGAGGUCCGUGCCAGCCAUGGGCUACAUCACACACACAGUCAGUGCUCCCAGCUUGCAUGGCAAAACGCCAGAGGAGCUGACUCUGCUCCUCAUUCAGCUUCGGAGGCACCAGGCCAAGAUGGCUGGUGCACAUAGUCCCAGCAAUGCAUUCGCUCACCUGCAGCACCACCAGCACAACGGCCUACUAGGCCCCAGCAUGCAGGCUGAUGAUACUUACAUACAACUGAAGAAGGACCUGGAGUAUCUAGAUCUGAAGGUGGGCCCCAACAAAGUUACUGGACGUGACAGUUUAAAGAAAGAAAGACCAUCAAGGCCUGUGAAAAUAGCAGAAAGUGAUGCUGAUGUGAAAUUAAGUCGACUGUGUGAACAAGACAAGAUUCUACAGGAGCUAGAGGCCCGGAUACGCACUCUGAAAGAGGACAAGGACAAGUUAGAAUCUGUGCUGGAUGUUUCCCACCAGCAGAUGGAGGACUACAGAGAUCAGCCAGCUCAUGCUGAGAAAAUUGCCUAUCAGCAGAAAUUACUACAAGAGGACGUGGUCCAUAUCAGGGCUGAAAUAUCUCAAGUAUCCACAGAGAUGGAAAAUGCAUGGAAUGAGUACAGCCAGCUUGAGAGGGACGUGGACUGGCUGAAGUCGGCCCUGCAGGGACAGAUGAGCCGCUGUGAUCUUUCUCAGCAAGAGAAGGUCCAGAUCAGAAAGGAGCUUUGGAGGAUUGAGGAUGUUAUCGCAGGUCUCAGCAGCAGUAAAGCCAACUACAAAGUCACCAUCUCCUCUGUUACCAACCCAGAGAGGAAAUUUGUGCCUUCGGUGUCAGUGUCAUCAGUGCCUUCUGUGUCUGGGAGCGCGUCUGCUAUGGAGAUGAGAUUGUCCCAGCAGCAGCAGCAGCAGCAGCAGCACAGCCCCCACCUCAGUCCCAGUAGCCACACCCCCACCCUUUCCUCUAGCCUCAGCCAGCAGCCAUUACACCAUUCUACAGCUGUCAUCAGUGGGCCUAAGUGGAAUGAGGAAGAUGUGCCUCCCAGACCUCCUCUACCUCAGCUCUACAGUCCCGAUGAGCAUCCCCCCGCUGUGCCUCCCUUGCCCCGGGAGACAACAGUCAUCAGACACACCUCUGUACGUGGCCUCAAACGUCAGUCAGACGAACGUAAAAGGGACCGAGAGACUGGGCAGUACACAAACGGGGACGGCAAGGUGGAACUCAGGCCUUUCCUGAGUGAUCCAGAACUCAUGGGAGCUGGUGAUGGCUCCAGUCACAUUAGUGUUGUAACACCUGGGCAUGACGGAGGUUACAAGACAUUACCGAGCAGAGGAACAGGCGGAUCUUCACUUAGGUUAAAUCAGUCUUCGAGCAUCUCCUCAUACGUUACCCUCCGAAGAGCAACGUCAGCAGUGGGCAUAAAGGAGAGACCAAAAAGUGCCUUGGAGCGUCUGUACGCUGUGGACCCGGCGCAGCAGCAGCAGAGGGGGAAGAUGAGUGCUGAUGAGCAGCUGGAGAGGAUGAAGAGGCACCAGAAGGCUCUCGUCCGCCAGCGCAAACGCACCCUGAGUCACGGAGACCGCCACGCCGCUUCGUCGUCACGCACGUCAUCCUCACGCCCACUUUCAGCAGACUUGGGAUCAUGGAAGAGAGAGCAGGAGUUUGACCUGCAGUUACUCGAGAGGGCGGUUCAGGGGGAGGAGGCUCAGGGAGUUAGGAGUGUCCAGGGGGAGGAAAGACCUCCCGAGCACAAAGAGAGACCCCGCUCGCAUUCGGAUGAAUGGCUGACCUUCCGCUCCAUGGCCACAACCCCCCCUCCCACCCAUGAGGUUGACCUGGAACCUCUGGACUAUGACCUGGACCUUAACAAAGAGCUGUCCAAACCUCAGAAAGUGUCGAUUCCAGAGCGCUACGUGGACUCGGAGCCUGAGGAGCCACUCAGUCCUCAAGAAGUGGAGGAGCGUCAUCGUAAGGUGGAGCGUAUCAAAAGCAUCUUGGCAAAGUCCAGUGUGCAAAACCUAGCACCAGCGGUGUCUGCGGAGAAGCCAGAAGAGGUGCCAGUGGCGCUCGACUCAGCUCUGCAGGAACAGGAGCGGAUCAUCACCAUGUCCUACGCUCUCGCCUCAGAGGCUUCGCUCAAGAGCAAACUUGUUGCAGUUCCUCCGCAGGUUAACGUCCUAACACCUCCUCCCCCACCCCCUCCUCCACCUCCUCCUCUUCCUCCCGUUUCUCUGGCGCCUCCUUCUCCUCUGAACAACGGAAUUCACUACACAUUUGUCUAGUCAGAAACAUGAACUCAAGCAAUUUCUGGACACUGAGGUGCUAUUUCACACUGACAACAAUCCACUGGGUUUUCAAAGCAAAGAGGAUUUUUGUUUGAUUCGGGACAUUUUUAUAUGCAGCAACAGAAAAACGGUAGCGACGCCUUGAACUUGCUCUCUGAGAUGUAUGCAGCAACAACUAACUGAGGUGUUUCAAAGCUCCUGAAAGCAACUUUCUAUAGAAAACCUGAGGACUUCGCUGUGGGUGCGGCUGUGCUUAUCAAAUAUGGAAAUGUCUAAAAAAAAAAUGUUAAUCUCAUAAUAGUAAAAUGACAUUUUCUACAAGUUAUCGCACUUUUAACUGUGCACUGUAUCAUAUUUUCAAGACACGACUGAAUUGCUUCUUGCAGUGUGAUCGCAACUGGAAAACUCAAAUGGAAUGUGAAGAGCGAGAAGGUACUAAAUGCGUCACGAUGAUAGUAUUUUUGUCAACACUCAGAUAAUAUUCUUAAACCAAACCACUUGAAAUCUCAUAUGUAUGUACUUGUAGCACUGCCAGUCCCCUUUAGGCUUGCCAAAAUAAAUUUUAUUUUUGCUUACAUCGGGAUGAAAAUAACCUCGAACAUAUUUUUUGUGUGACUUGAGAAGGUCGAGCAAUGAAAGUUUAUAAAAAAAAAAUGUGAAUAUUAAAGUUAUUAACACAACA